AUGUUAAUAAUUUAUGAAUAAGUAAAUGGAACUAGUUUAGAAGCUUCACCUAGCAUAAUAGCUCUACUAUAUAAUACUUAUGCAGAAUAAUUAAAUAACGCUACAAGAAAGACUAAUGAAAAAAUAUCUGAACUAAAUAUUACAGUAUUAAACUAUCCAGUUUUUAUAAGAUCAAGUCCUCCUAUAAAGCAACCUGAAAUUAAGGCAUAGUGUAUGAUAAUAAGAUUAGAUACUCCUUUGCUUAGCUUUUUUACUACGAUCAUGGCAAAUCCUAUCAUAAAACUUUAAAGGCAGGCAAAAAAAAAUCCUAAAAUUCUUUCACUUUAAUCUGUUUCAAUAUACUCGUGGCUCAUUCCAAAAAUAUUUUUCACAAAAGGUGGCUAAAUGAUUAGAAGAAUACCAAGAAAACUAAAGAAAAGAGUGUAAAACAUAUUCGCCUUUAUCUUUUCUUUCAAAAUAAUCCCUGCUAAAAUAGUAACCCAAAAAGGAGAAGUUUGA